CGCCUCCCCGCGCGCGGAACGCGGCUCCGGAGCCGCUUUCAGGCUGCAAGCCCGGGUCCGCAAUCGGGGCCGCGCGGAGAGCGCACGUGCGGGUGUUCCCUCCGGCCGCAGCCCGUUUCCGGCGCAGCCCUGGGCCCAGGGAGCGGAGGCGAGGACAGGCCUGGGAGGGCGCCUCAAACCAGGGCCCCGCCCGGGCCGCCUGCCGCUCGCUUUCGUUUCCCGGCGGCGCACCCCGCCCGCGCCGAGGUUUCGUUUCCCAGCGCCGAGAGGGGGCGCUGGGCCAGGCCGCGCCCAUGGCCUUCGCCCGCCGCCCGCGCGCCCCGCGUCUGCUCGGGCGCCUCUUGGGGCCGCGGCGCGAGGCCUGCGCACGGACCAUGGCGUCGCCGCGCUGCUUCGCCCUGGAGCUCCCCGGCUGCACCUUGGCGCACUUCGCCGUGGGCCACGACGCCGCCGCCGCGCCCCUCGAGCCGCGCGCGGCCGCGCUCCUGGGUCCCCCCGGCCGCAGCUACUCGCUGUGCGUGCCGCUGGCGCCCGGCGCGGGCUGCGCGGCGCGGGUGCGGGCGGCCCGGCUGCACCAGCGCCUACGGGACCAGCUGCGCCGCGGCCCCCUCCAGCGGUGCCAGCUGCGCCGGCUGCUGUGCUACUGCCCGGGCGGCGGGGCGGGCGGCGUGCAGCCAGGCUUCCUGCUCCACGAUCCCCGCGACAGUCCCGACACCCGGGGCGCGCUGCUGGCGCUGCUGGGCACGUACCGAGAGGCCCCGCGUCCGCGCCUGGGCGAGUUCGUGGGCGACCCGCGCCGCCAGGUGUGGCAGUGCCUGUGGGAGCUGCAGGACGGCCACGGGUGGCGGGAGGUGGGCCGCGAGCGCGUCGUGCCCGCCCCGGAGCCCGCCCUGCACCCGGUGGUGCCGGACCUGCCCAGCUCCGGGGUCUUCCCCACCCGGGAGGCCGCCCGCGCCGUUUUGGAGGCGUGUACACCCUUCAUUCCGGAGGCCCGAGCUGUGCUCGACCUGGUUGAUCAGUGCCCGGAACAGGUCCAGAAGGGGAAGUUCCCCGUCAUUGCCAUCGAAGGACUGGAUGCCACAGGUAAGACCACUGUGACCCAGUCCGUUUCAGAGUCGCUCAAGGCCGUUCUCUUAAAGUCACCACCCUCUUGCAUUGGCCAGUGGAGGAAAAUCUUUGAUGAUGAACCAACUAUCAUUAGAAGAGCAUUCUACUCUUUGGGCAAUUAUAUUGUGGCUUCUGAAAUAGCUAGAGAAUCUACGAAAUCUCCUGUGAUUUUAGACAGGUACUGGCACAGCACAGCCUCCUAUGCCAUAGCCACCGAGGUGAGUGGGGGUCUCCAGCACCUGCCCCCGGCCCAUCACCCUAUAUACCAGUGGCCCAGGGACCUGCUCAAACCCGACCUGGUCCUGCUGCUCACCGUGAGUCCCAAGGAGAGAAUGCACAGGAUCGAGGGCCGGGGCAUGGAGAAGACCAGAGAGGAAGCUGAACUGGAGACCGACAAUAUAUUUCGUCAAAAGGUGGAAGAGUCCUACCAGCGGAUGCAGAACCCUGGCUGCCAUGUGGUUGAUGCCAGCCCCUCCAGAGAAAAGGUCCUCCAGAUGGUUUUAAGCCUAAUCCAAAAUAAUUGUAAUUAAUUGUGGUUACUCCAGGCCAGGUGAGGCAUUUUACUAGCUUUGAUGUUGUUUGAUACAUUUAAGCCCACAACUGGUUAUGCAGUUUUCUUCGAUUUCUGUUGCAUAAGCAGAAAAUUGGAGACCGGAUAUUUCAGUUCUACCUGAACCAUGUACUGUCUUCUGACCCUUGGACCCGUCAAGGUUGAGACUGGUCACAUUCCAGUGAGAGACCAGAGAUGGCUCUCUGUCUAGAAUAACCAACAUUUUCUUGGGACGUAUUUUUGGCUACCUCCCUACCAAAUCCCUCCAAGGUUUGUUCCGUCCAGAUGCACGAGGUAAACAGGAGCAACUGGGAAGAUCUUCCACAUCAACAGAAGCCCCUGAAGCCUCUCCCAUGCCUGCGCCUGGCUCCCUGAUGAGACCUUGAUGUGGCCAGAGUCGACUUCUUCCCAUUCUGGCCACGUUCCAUCAUCGUGAGCUCAGCUGCAAAUCCUAGAGCCAAGCCAUCCCACAGAGCAUGUACCUGUGUCCUGGCUGUCCAAAGACACUCCCAGGGAGCUGUCUUGUGGGUAGGGGUCACUUACAAGGAAGGCAUCUGAUUUGUGUCUGAGACUUACAACCCCCGAGGUGGUCCUCUCAGUUACCACUUCAGAGUCAAAGAGAGAGAGAGCCAAUCCAAGAUGCUCUAAAUAAAAAUGUACCAACCUUCUUUGAAUUAUA